AAAGAGGCUUUUUAUUAUGUGGAGGGUAUGUGGCUUUGUCUGCAGGCUCUGGACCAAUCAAUCUCAUAAAGAGACCCUGUUGAUUCUAAAAGUUCAAAGAACAGAGGCAAUUAGUUGUCCCUUUUUCCUAAAAUUUUGAGUGGAAGAAUGGGUCUGACCACCCUGCAAUGGACAUGCAAGGUGAAAGAUACCAUCACAGAUGAGUUGCAGAAAACAAAACCAGGAGGAAACAUCGUAAAAACCCUAGGAAGGAAAAAUGAUAAUAAAAGAAACAUACAUUUAAUCCAAGAGAGAGAUCCAUUUCUCCAUAGAUGAAUGGCAGCAAAAGAAUUGGGUAGCCAUUAAAUUGAACUUCAACGACAAACUUAGUAAAUUGCAUACAUGUAAAGAGACAUUAACCAGAAUGGGAUUUAUUAUUUAUUAUUUAUUAUUUAUUAUUUAAUUUUUUUGUGAUUAGAAUAUCACAUUUAUAGAAGAUGAGUAGAUAGAGUUUUAUGGAAAUUUUGUUGCACAAAAUAAGUGGAGAGGAUAGAACUUGAAUAUAAAAAGAAAAAGGAAAUUGAAAAAGAGAGAAAAUUUAAAAUUUAAAAAAAAAAACAAAAAAAAUUCGUAUAUUUAAUCAAUAGGAAUCAAUGAUUGAAUGUAAAUAAAGAUUAAAAAAAAAAGCAUUUAAUUACCACCUAAAGUGAGAAAAUUAUGAUAAAGACUAAAGUGAAAUUUUUUAGCUGCAACAGUUUGCUUAGUGGUUAAGGGAUCUUUUAGAAUGGACAUUAUCUUUUGUGGGUUUUUCUAGGCUGGCUGAUACCUACCUUUUCUUUCACAAAAGUGAUUCUCUUUCCCUAAACCUGCCCUUCAGUUGGAGGCCUCACUCCUCAGUCCUCACAUUCUAUUCUACUCCUUAAAGCAUACUGACAUCAUAAUGGCAGAUACUGCCAUGGAACUCAGUGGGCAGCAGGGAUGAUUUGGACACCGUAAAAUGUCAGCUUCAUUCACAAACUGAAAAACAAGGAGAGAGAUGGGAGAAGGAACAGAGGCUUUUCCAGAUCUUGGAAGACACUGUCAACGUUCAGAUUGCAAUCAACUCGAUUUUCUGCCGUUCAAAUGUGAUGGGUGUCACCAGGUGUUUUGCUUAGAACACAGAACAUACAAGUCCCACGAGUGCCCCAAACCAGAACCCAACAGCAGGAAGGUGGUGGUGUGCGAAACCUGUUCGACAUCGAUCGAAACCACAGGGCGAGAUGAAAAAGAAGAGAAGGCCAUGUUAGAGAGGCAUGAGAAGUCAGGGGACUGCGACCCGUCAAAGAAAAAGAAGCCAAUUUGCCCAGUUCGGAGGUGCAAGGAGGUACUCACCUUCUCAAAUACAAGUACCUGCAAAACUUGUCAACUCAACUUCUGCCUCAAGCAUCGGUUCCCCAUUGAACAUGCUUGCAAGCAACGGUUGCCAUCCUCGACAACGGGGGCUAAAGAGCGGUGGAGCGACAAGUUCUUGGCGGCGUUGGGGGCUAGGAUUGGGAACGAUUGCGCCAAGAAUGGUGGGCGGACGGUGUCCCCACCUGGUACCAGUCAUCCUGUCAAAGCGUGUUGAGAUUUUAUAUGAUUUGUACAUUUUGUUGAUUAUAAUUUAUAUGCAUUGUUACCACCAGAUGUUAUAUUGGAACCAAUGUUGAAUUCAACAAGAUGAAGGUUUAUGGUAUUA